AUGCCUUCUUGUAAUGCGGCUAUCUUUGCCAAUCAAAAGAGGGACAUUGGUGGCCCACCUGAGUGCAAACACGUCCCGAUGCCUGACAGCCCUGCUGGCCAGCACAGCUCUGGGCGGCAUCGCAGUUCCGCUGAACCGCAGGUGGAGUGCAGAGCAGAGCGCUGGGGCGCUGCAUCGCUUAGGCUGCCGCAUGCUGGUGACAGACCAUGGCCUUGCCAGCAGGGCAUGUGCUGUGGUACAGGAAUUGAAGGCACGGGCGGGUGCAGGGCAAGGACCAGAUGUGGAGUUGCUGAUUCUGGAUGGUCGUAG